AUGCAGCUGGUCCGCGUCCUCGCCGGCCUCGGGCUGCUCGCUUCGGCCGCCGACAGCGCGACGACCUGCCGCUUCGCGCUCAACGUGUCGCCGGCCGGCCUCAAGCUGCUCGGCGGCGACCGCAACGGCACCACGCCGGCCAACAGCACGCUCGUGCUCCCGAGCGUCUCGGUCGCGCCAGGCCAGAAGGAUACGACGCCGACGCCGGUGCCGACGCAAAAAGACAACAAGAGCAAGGCGCCCGAGACGACGGCGCCGGGCCUUCGCAAGCUGCAGAUUAAGCCGGUGGAAGCCGACGCGACGACGACGACGGCACCGACAGUGCCCACAACCAUUGCGAUGACCAGUGCACCGACGCCGAUUCCGACCGACAAGAAGACUACGGAGCCGACGGUCGCGCCCACCGAUCCACUGACCAAGUCGCCGACGCCCACGACGGUCAAGCCGUCGUCGGGCAGUGGGAGCGGCAAGACGCCGACAACGACAACGUCGUUGCCACCGGGCGUGACCGCGACGCCGACACCGACACCGACGCCGUCCAACUCGACCAACGUCAUCAACGUCCCGGCGCCAACCGUCGCCACCACCUUUGACAUCAUUCCUUGCGACGCGACGUUUUACAAGUUCUGGAAGACCAAAGGUCUCAGCUGCGGCGGCGUCGACCUCGACGUGACCAAGGCCAUGGAGCAGGCGUGCAGCGUCUACUCGGGCGCCAUCACGAUCGGCGCCGCCGGCUUCCCCGCGUGCUUUUCGUCGUGCUUCAUUCCUGGUUGCGAGAGUAACAAGUGGGACUACGAGGCCAUGGACGGUCUCUCGUCCUCGAUCUACGCCGGCGUCAACUUUCUCGAGGCCGCGUCGCUCGCCAAGGCGUCGACGUCGGCGACGGCGUCGCUCUUCCCGACGCUCGCGACCAAAUUCAAAACGUCAUUUUCGUGUACGACCUACGACGUGUGCCAGUGCCCGGCGGCCAACCUCGGUGGCGCAGGCAACAAUAGCACGAGCUCGACCACCGGCAGCCAAAAGCGCUUCGACACGUGGAGCGACGGCACGAAGAAGACGACAUUAGACUACGUCGGCACGGUCACGUCCAGCGUGAGCGCCACCGUCACCUACACGGCGAUCGCGACGACAACCACGAUGAUGAUUGCGAGCUCGGUCGGCGCCGUGGGGUCGUCCGCCUCGGCGGCCGCGGCCGGCAUCUCGACUGGCGGCUCGGUCGGCAUGGCCAGCGCCACGAUGGACAUUGCGCAGUUUGCCGUGUGCAUGAGCCAGCUCAGCUUGCCGGGCGCGUCCAAGCCGCUCCGCGCGGUCGGCGAGCAAAUGAGCUUCAGCGUCUUCAACUGGUUUACGUUUGGGAACGUGCCGACGACGACGGCCGCGAUGGCCGCCAACCGCCGCCUCGUGGAAGCGUACACGGGCCAGCGCUCGGACGAGACGGGCGGCAUGUUCCAGUACACCACCCGCCUCGGCAUCCGCCCCGAGAUGCUCUUCUACGUGACGCUGGCCGGCAUUGCGUCCGUGAUUGGCGGCAUCGUCAUCCUCCUCGCGCUCGUCCUCGUGCUUGGCCCGCUCUGCGUCAAGGACAAGCAAGCGUUCAUGUCCAACUGCUACGACCGCGCGAUCGGCUUGAUCAUGCUCGUGACCAUCAUCUCCCAGUACGCGCUCGGCGUCGUAUGCAUGUUCCAGCUCUGCCUCUGCCUCAAGUCCAAGACGAGCGUCUUCUCGAAAGAGCUCGUGUUUGCGAUCUUGACGCUGCUGGUGCUCGCCGUCGGCAUCAUGGGCUACGGCGUGUAUGACAUUGGCACAGCGCAGCACCUCGAGAAGACGGUCCACAAGCGCUUCGGCUGCCUCUACGACGAGUACGACUUUGCCAACCGGUUCUUCUUCACGGCCAAGAUGGGCCUUGCGCUCCUCUCGGGCAUGAUCGCCGGCACGUUCGCGGUCUCGGGCCAGGCGCAGUUAGUGAUGCUCAUCGUGCUCCACGUGGGUUUCUUUCUGUUGCUGAGCGUGCGCCGGCCACACUUUGCGCCGUUCGUUCAAAACACAACCGUGAUCAUCACAGUUGUCAAGGUCAUCACCUUUGGCCUGAGCUUCCUCCUCCUCAAAGUCGCGACGGUUGGCGCCGACGAGAAGAUCACGAAUGCGAUCUCGUACGGCAUCCUUGCGCUGCAGCUCGGCGUCCUCCUCUGCCUCCUCGCGCGGCAGAUCUACAUUUUCUACAAGACGCACCAGCUCAAGAAGGAGCUCGCGGCCUCCAACGACACGAUGCGCGGCGAAGACCUCUAUGCGCUCGACGCGAUCACGGCCCCCGGCGCGUAUGCGAUGGCGACCAACAGCACCAACCACCGCGACACGAGCCAGAAGCAGCGCGAGUGGACGAGCGAGAGCCACCGCGCGAGCGACGACAAGCCGCGCUUUCCCCAGAAAACCAGCAACCACAAUAACAACGGCAAGCUCAAAAACCUCAGCAACAACAACAACAACCAGCCGCACAAUGGGCAGUGGAAGGAGGACGACUACGACCCGCGCGAGUACGCCAUUUAA